AUGCGGGUGUUCCUGUUCGCAGCGACGGUACUUUUCACACACAAUCUCACCGGGUCUGGUGCCGGCGCCGAGUCCAGCUCCAAAAAGUGUUCCUCCCAGUGCGACGUGAGCGCGUGUCCUAGUCCGAAAUGCCCCAGCGGGUAUAUCCCAGACCGGUGCAACUGUUGCCUGGUGUGUUCCCGGGGCGAGGGUGAACUCUGUGGCCGGAAAAACGACCUCCUGUGUGGGGACGGCUUAGAGUGUAGGUCCCCUAACGGUCCUAACGAGGGCCUGGCGGGGAAGCGGAGCUCCAAGCGGCGGCUGUGUCAGUGUAAGAUGGGGUAUAAGGUGUGUGGUAGCGACGGGAAGACGUACAGGAAUGUGUGUCGGAUGAAGGCUGCCAGCCGGAAAGCUCUUCAGAAGGAAAGGGAGGCCAUCACCCAAGCACACAAGGGACCCUGUCCAUCAGGUAAUAUAGGUCCUGUCCAUCCCAACAGCCCCAGAUACAAGUUCAACUUCAUAGCUGACGUGGUGGAAAAGAUGGCUCCUGCUGUGGUUCACAUUGAGCUCUUCCUCAGACAUCCUCUAUAUGGUCGUCAUGUCCCUCUGUCUAGUGGUUCUGGGUUCAUCAUCAGCCACUCCGGACUCAUCGUAACCAACGCUCACGUGGUAACCGCUGCUGCCACGGUAACGGGCCGACCACAGCUCCGCGUGCAGCUCCAUGACGGGGGAGCGUAUGAGGCCACGGUCCGGGACAUCGACAGGAAGUCGGAUAUCGCCACCAUCAAAGUCAACCCUCAGAAGAAGCUUCCUGUUCUGUCUCUGGGUCGGUCAUCUGAUCUGAGACCAGGGGAGUUUGUGGUUGCCAUUGGCAGCCCCUUCGCACUCCAGAACACCGUUACCACGGGGAUUGUGAGCACGACCCAGAGAGAUGGGAAGGAGCUGGGCAUCAGAGACUCAGAUAUAGACUACAUUCAGACUGACGCUAUCAUCAAUUAUGGUAACUCAGGAGGACCUCUGGUUAACUUGGACGGGGAGGUGAUAGGCAUCAAUACUCUCAAGGUAACAGCAGGAAUCUCCUUCGCCAUUCCUUCAGACCGGAUCAGACGCUUUCUCACUGAGUCACAGCACAACAAACACAGUGCAGGUCUGUCUGUGUGUAAGAAGCGUCUGAUAGGCAUUAAGAUGCUCACUGUCACAGAUGGUCUGGUGGAGGAGUUGAAGAAGCAGAAUCCUGACUUCCCUGAUGUCUCCAGUGGAGUGUUGGUCCAUCAGGUUAUACCUGAGUCCCCCGCACACAGGGGCGGGAUUGAGGCCGGUGACGUGAUCCUCAAGCUGAACGGCCGCCCACUCAGGACCACCGACGAGCUGCAGGGGGCGUUGCUAGGCGACGGGCCCCUCCUCCUGGAGGUUCGUCGCGGCGACGACGAACUGCUUUUCCACAUAGAGCCCCACGUCGUCAUGCAGUGAGGAGGCGGAGUCAUGGACCAGGGAAAUGUAGAGUGAGGAGGAGGAGUCAUAGACCAGGGAAAUGUAGAGUGAGGAGGAGGAGUCAUGGACCAGGGAAAUGUAGAUUGAUGAGGAGGAGUCAUGGACCAGGGAAAUGUAGAGUGAGGAGGAGGAGUCAUAGACCAGGGAAAUGUAGAGUGAGGAGGAGGAGUCAUGGACCAGGGAAAUGUAGAUUGAGGAGGAGGAGUCAUGGACCAGGGAAAUGUAGAGUGAGGAGGAGGAGUCAUGGACCAGGGAAAUGUAGAGUGAGGAGGAGGAGUCAUGGACCAGGGAAAUGUAGAGUGAGGAGGAGGAGUCAUGGACCAGGGAAAUGUAGAGUGAGGAGGAGGAGUCAUGGACCAGGGAAAUGUAGAGUGAGGAGGAGGAGUCAUGGACCAGGGAAAUGUAGAGUGAGGAGGAGGAGUCAUGGACCAGGGAAAUGUAGAGUGAGGAGGAGGAGUCAUGGACCAGGGAAAUGUAGAGUGAGGAGGAGGAGUCAUGGACCAGGGAAAUGUAGAGUGAGGAGGAGGAGUCAUGGACCAGGGAAAUGUAGAGUGAGGAGGAGGAGUCAUGGACCAGGGAAAUGUAGUUCGAUUUAAUUUUUUGGGGCGGAGUUGGGGGGUCAAUUCCAAUUAAAGGUAGUCAAUUCAGGAAGUGAUUUCGAUUUAAACUUCAAUAAUUUAAUGUUUUUAAAUAAAUAGCUUUUACUUUUCAGUUUAUUGAGAUGUCAUUGAAAAUAAAUGGCCUUUUUUCAAUUGGAAUUUAAAUCUACGACAUGAAUUGACCUGCCUUCAGUUGGAAUUUAGGCCGACCCUGUUUCAAUGUUACAGUGAGGCAAAAAAGUAUUUAGUCAACCACCAAUUGUGCAAGUUCUCCCACUUAAAAAGAUGAGAGAGGCCUGUAAUUUUCAUCAUAGGUACACUUCAACUAUGACAGACAAAUUGAGAUUUUUUUUCUCCAGAAAAUCACAUUGUAGGAUUUUUUAUGAAUUUAUUUGCAAAUGAUGGUGGAAAAUAAGUAUUUGGUCAAUAACAAAAGUUUAUCUCAAUACUUUGUUAUAUACCCUUUGUUGGCAAUGACAGAGGUCAAACGUUUUCUGUAAGUCUUCACAAGGUUUUCACACACUGUUGCUGGUAUUUUGGCCCAUUCCUCCAUGCAGAUCUCCUCUAGAGCAGUGAUGUUUUGGGGCUGUUGCUGGGCAACACGGAUUUUCAACCCUCUCCAAAGAUUUUCUAAGGGGUUGAGACUAAAUUAAACUAAACUAAAUACCUUUUUGCCCCACUGUAUGUGUUUUGACAGUGUUCUCUGUUGUGACUGGGCUGGACUCACUACAGAUGUACUUCCUGCUUCCCAAAAUGUGGGAAACAUAUUCCCUACCUGUAGUGCUUGUAACCAGGUCUCUAGAGCCCAUCAGUUGCCUAUCAACCUCAUAGUUUAGUUCUGGUUGCUAGGCGGUUGCUAGGCACUUUCUGAUAUAUGUAUGUCCGAAUGUAUUCCUUAUGUAGUGCACUACUUUGGACCAGGACCUGACAUAGUGAACUAGAGCCCUAUUCCUUAUGUAGUGCACUACUUUGGACCAGGACCUGACAUAGUGAACUAGAGCCCUAUUCCUUAUGUAGUGCACUACUUUGGACCAGAACCCAUAGGACUCUCCCAUAGGGCUCUGGUCUAAAGUAGUGCACUAUAUAGGGAAUAGGGCUCUGGUCUAAAGUAGUGCACUAUAUAGGGAAUAGGGCUCUGGUCCAAAGUAGUGCACUAUAUAGGGAAUAGGGCUCCAUAGGGGCUCUGGUCUAAAGUAGUGCACUAUAUAGGGAAUAGGGUGCCAUUUGGGAUGCAUACACUAUAAAUGCUAGACAUGGAUAUUUUCAGAGAGAGAGAGGGAUGGAGAUAGAGGAGGAGUAUUUGUUUUUUAAGGACCCGAUUGCCCAUAAACCUCAUAGUUUAGCCUGGUUGCUAGGUGGUUGCUAAGCCGUUUUAUGCUAUAUGUAUGUCCAAAUUAU